GCUUGUUGUUGCAGGGGAAGCUACGUUGAAUUUGUGUGCGGGUGUUUUUUUUAAUAUUAAAGCGAGAAAUACAAGUGUGUGACGUCCAAUAGCUAAAUUAUUGUGCUCAUCCAAGCAAUCGUUAUACAUUUAAAAAAAGACUGAAUUUGUGCAAGUGUUAGUGCAAUAAAAAAAUACCCGCUGCAGACAGCGAAAUAAAAGUAAAUACAAUUUUUUCCAAGCCACGGCUUGUGGGUGUCUGCUUAGCAUCCCCGUGUAUGUGUAUAAAUGUUAAUGUAACCAAAUGGACGACGAAGGCGCAGCAAACAGAUGAUAUUCACGCUAAUAAAAAAAAACAGCAGCAGCACCAGCAGCAGUAGCAGUAACAACAACAACAACAAAUGCGAAGCGCAGCAAAAUAUAUGUAGGAGCCCCAGCCAUAUUAUUCAAUGAGCGUGUGUGUGGUUGCUUGCGUGCGUGUGUGAGUGAGUGUAUAUAAAAGAAAAUUAGAUAAAAAGUAAAAUGAAAUUAGCGCACGCCUGAAAUUCAAGUUUCAACUAAACUCAAAUUGUAUGCGAAUUUAAACUGAAUGCGUCUGUGUACAAUUGUUUGUAUGUAUGCAUGUGUGUGUGCAUUUAAAAGCAAUUUUCAUCAACAAAAAUUUUCUCUUUGUAUGCGUGCGUGAAAACUAAAGUGCUGCCACCUGCCAUUUGCCAGAUGCAAUUGCAAUUGCAUUGAUUUAUAUAUAAAAAAUUUAAAACAACAAAAAAUUCAUAUAUUUAUGUACACACGCAUCUAAAUACAUUGACACACACACACACAGGCACACAUGCAUAUGUAUGAAUACAUAUGCUGCUGACUGAUAAAAAAGAGGCAGAUGCCAGAGCUUUUGAUACAUACAAAGGAGCAACAACAAGAACAACAACAACGAGUGGCUUGUUGAGCAGCUAAAGUCAACGCAACAUUUGCUGCAGCGCCAGCAGCAGCGGAAGCGGCAGCGGCAGCCUUCCCAUCCAACUCUCUUCCUCUCUCUCUCUCUCUCUCUCUCUCUCUGUUAUACAGGACACACAUCGAUUGUGUUGGCAACACACAUUGUUAGCUAGCCCAUAAGAGAUCUCCAAUGUCCAAUAAAAUUAAUCCAAAGCGCCGUGAACCGACAGCAGCAGCAGCAGUAGCAGCAGCCACGGCAGUGGUGGCCACCAACACGAGCAGCUCAACGGGCUCCAGUGCGGGCAACACAACAUCAUCGGCAAACACAUCGUCCUCAUCCAGCUCCUCACUGUCGUCCGCCGGUGGCGGUGAUGCUGGCAUGUCCGCCGAUUUGACAUCGCUCUUCGAAUGUCCCGUUUGCUUUGACUAUGUGCUGCCGCCCAUACUCCAAUGCUCCAGCGGUCAUCUGGUCUGCGUAUCGUGCCGCUCCAAGCUAACAUGCUGUCCCACCUGUCGUGGCCCCCUGGCCAAUAUACGCAAUCUGGCCAUGGAAAAGGUUGCUUCCAACGUCAAAUUUCCAUGCAAACAUUCGGGCUACGGCUGCACCGCCUCGCUGGUCUACACCGAGAAGACCGAACACGAGGAAACCUGCGAAUGCCGGCCGUAUCUCUGCCCCUGUCCGGGCGCCUCGUGCAAAUGGCAGGGCCCACUCGAUCUAGUCAUGCAGCAUCUGAUGAUGUCACACAAGAGCAUCACCACGCUACAGGGCGAAGAUAUCGUAUUCCUGGCCACCGAUAUUAAUCUGCCCGGCGCCGUUGACUGGGUGAUGAUGCAGUCCUGCUUCGGGCAUCAUUUCAUGCUGGUGCUGGAGAAGCAGGAGAAAUACGAUGGACAUCAGCAGUUCUUCGCCAUUGUGCAGCUAAUUGGAUCACGCAAGGAGGCAGAGAACUUUGUCUAUCGCCUGGAGCUGAAUGGCAAUCGACGUCGCCUCACCUGGGAGGCAAUGCCGCGUUCCAUACACGAGGGCGUUGCCUCGGCCAUACAUAAUUCGGAUUGCCUGGUGUUUGAUACAUCGAUUGCGCAGCUCUUUGCCGACAAUGGAAAUCUGGGCAUCAAUGUAACCAUAUCUCUGGUCUAAGGGCAGACAGGCGCGCUAAAGGAGGCGAAGACGUUUCUAAAACGGAUUUCUUCAAACGGCAGUUACACAUACAAAUACACAUACAAACAAACACACACACACACACACAUACACAUAUAGUAUAUAUACAUUAGUAUAUUAUAUAGCUACUCUACAUUGAAGUAUGUUUAUAUGUCUGUCUGUCAGUCAAGUCAGUCUGAUAGUUCUCUUGCCCUCGCUGGCGCUAAUUUGUAGCUUUAGGUUAUUUCUAUUAUUCGAAUAAUAUAGUGGAAGUGGAAGUGGAAGCGGAGAAGGAAGGAAGUUCGAUCGUAAACACAUUUAAACAAGCUAGGUUUUUUUUAAGUGGGUUCUUUUAGUUUAAUUUAGUUUGUAAGCCGCAAACAAAACAACACACAAAUAUACAAACUAAACAUAAUACAUACAUCAACAAUUUACAUCAUAUACACAUCAAACUAACUGAGAGCCGCCUAGUUUAGUUAAUGUAAAUUAUUUUAUACUAAUAACUAAAUACAAGAACUCUUUAAAUGUAAAUGCUUUCUCAAAAGUAAACAUCACUUUUCACCACAAGCAACUUAAUGAUUGUAACUAAAUGUGUUUUUGGUUUUCUAUAAACAAAUUUUUGUAUACAUUUUCAAAAGACACUUACAUUAUGUAAAAUAUUUUCUUAAACAAAAAACACAAGUGAAGAAAAAACGCAGCAAUGCAAAUUCUUGCUGCAGCAAUUUUAUUUUUAAAAACAUAUUUAGUUUAAUACACACACAUACAGAUACACUUACACACACUA